GCGCUUGUUGGAAGUGGCCGGAGGGGGAAGAAAGAGGCUUAUCUUCGGACUUUUCGCUCAUGUUGUUGGUGCAGGAGGAUUUUCGCGGGGCAAGUGACGACUUCAUAGCAUUGUGUAGGCGCCUUUAGUACUGUCCUCUGGAGGAGCUGACCAUUCUCGUAUCAGUCCCGCUCAAGAACGUUCAGCUGGAGUGCAGAGUUACUGCCAUGGCAGCUCGCUGCCGCCUGGCCACAUUGUUGACCUCGUCGUGUAUCACAGUAUUGCAAGUCAUCGUCGUUGUGGCGCAGAUCUGCCUUAGAGAUCUGAUCACGUCCCGCCCGACGUGCGCCACUUUUUUUUCUCUAGUUUGUAUUUGGGUCACUGCUCCUCUGACUUGUGGCAGCGAGAGAGUACCUGCUCUCUUCUUGACAUUGAGCGUCGGUGUGCUCAGGUCUAGGGGCUGGGCACGCGACGUCGACCCGGAGAUGCGAUCUGACUUAGGGUCGAGAGGAAGACAUGUCAGUCUGUUGUGCGUCCCUGAUUUGAGUCGUUCGCGGAGGCGGGCGGAGCUGUCUGGAUGCACAGCGGUGAGGCGAAGGUUCCGCUGCAAGAGCGGGACCAAAUUAGCCGCCGGGCCUAGAUCCAGACUGCAGGCGGCGUGCAUCCGCGCGCCCCGCCCCAGUCGUCUUGCACCUUUGCUUCCACCUUUCACUUCCACUAGCCGGCGGGACAAGUUGGUGCGUCGCUUCACAUUAUUGUCGCCUGAGGCCCGUCCAGCCAAUCUCGUCGGUCCGCAAGCCUCAUUUUAUUCACGGCGAUCUUCUUCCCUCACGGAGACGGUCUUCUGCGAUGACAGGUCUCCAUCUGAAUGGCGUCCGUCGUACCGCGUUGCUGUAGAGUACAAAAGACUGGCAUCAAUUCGUCAUGACAGCAUACAUUUCAGACGCAACCACUCGUCUUCUCUCGCAGCAAUGGACUUCAAGCACUCGGCCCAUCGCUACUCUUACCAAUCGGUAGCUUCACACCUACCCAUUGGCGUCUUUCUCCAGCCACCGGCCCACAAAUUCGCCAAGCUACGCCUCACCCUCGUACUGUCCAGCUCCCUCUUCGCCUUUGCUCUCUCCAUCGUAGGCCUCUACUCGGCACGCAUCCAGCCCAUCAAGCUCUACCAAGACGGCACAAGCGCAAGCAGCGUCUAUGACGUCUUCUUCGGUCUCCUCGCCUCGGUCAUUGGAGGCCUCAUCGCCAUCGGCUUCGGCGCGGGCUUGGGCGCUGUCCUCACAAAACGCUUCUCUGCUCGCGGCGCCGAGGCAGGCCAGUGGCUCCUCGCCCCAGAAGCCCUGCGAGGUCGCCCUACGUGGCGAGCCGGGCCCUUGCUCCUCUGCGUCAGCAUCAUCGUCGCAAUGGUAUACGCGCUCAGCCAUGCCGCCGCAACUACACUCCUCGCCCCGGUCCGCACCGUAUUCAAUGAGACGUGGGCUGGCCAAUACAGCGUCGGCCGCCGCUUUGACGUUGCCCUCACGUCGCUUUCCAGCGUCGACGCCGUCGAUCUCAGCGGCCACGACGCGGCCGAGGUGUUGCAGAUGUACCCGAUCUACCUUGCCCUGGGGCUCAACCCGGCCACGACUCGCAUAGCGGACACCUUUGGCCCCCUCGCCUUCACGUCGCUCGACCAGAAUCCCGCCCAGCCGUACGUCGAGCUCAACAUGUCCCAGUACAUGGUAGUGGACGCCCCCCUCAUCCACGCCAGCUGCGUGCCAGACGCAAGUUGCGCCACCCUGUCCAGCAGGUGCAACUUGACCGUAGGAUGGAGCGAGCAAGUCCUAUACCGGCUGCCCGAUACGACGCUCACGCUGGGCAAGCACGAGGGCAUCCAGUCCGUAUGGCAGCGCACGCUCAAUCUCUCUAGCCUGCAGCAGGAGACGAUGCAAUUGUGCAGCAGCAGCGACAGGUUCAAGCAGUCGGCUACGCGUUUCCUCGAGGUUGCGGCGCUUGCGGCGUACAACAAGACGAUCAAUGGGGAUCAGAGGGCAUUUGCUACAUCGUCGACUCAAGUGAAUCGCAAACGUGCAACCUCAAUACCAAACCCGCAGGCGAGCAUCAUCCGUCAUCCCGAGGCGGAUCCAGCGUGGCAUAGUCCAAAGAUCGGCGUCGAGCAAACGGGUCUCGCUCAAGUUCCUGCGACUCUCUUUGAUCAUGCCAGCUCCUCGACCCCUCUCGCACCUCCAACUUCCGAGCCAAGUGUCGACGCACCCGCUCGGACGCCUGAGGACUCGCCAAGUCAAACGGGCACAGCUUAUCCGGAGCAGGAGGUCCACACGCCGCAACAGCAGCAGGCCACGCCGAGUGAAACACCAAUUGGGGCUCCUGCAACCCUGCCCUACUUCACCAACACCAACGAGAGAAACAAUGUAGCAGCCACAACGAGCCCGGCCGCAACACAAGUCGUGCAGCAGGCGCAGAGCCAGACUACGCCAGCCCCUGUGGUCCCGGCUCCGGUCCAGGCUUCAAGCUCGAUCUCCGCAGCGCAAGACCUCAGCAGCCAGGUGGGCGGCUUUGGCGUCAUCCAGACCACCGCCGCCGCCGGAACCGGCACAGACGCAUCCGGCCGCAUCAUCAAGGUGAUCAGCCCCUCAGCCACCAGUACAGCCACGGACGCGACGGGUAGCACGGCGCCAUCUUCCGCUUCCUCGUCCUCGCGGGGCUCCUCCGACCUUUCCGUAGUCCUCUCCGCCCUCCCCGGCACACUCAUCCACUCGGUGGACUACUGGUGUCUCUUCACCCUCCCCAGCCAAGAGUGGUACUGCGCCAUGCUCCUCGCCAUCGCCUCGGCCUGCCUAGUGAUGGCCGCCGCCUGCCUUCGUGCGCCCGGGGGGAUCGACGCGAGCUCGGGCGGGUCCGUUGGGCUAGCUGUUGCGCAGAGUGAGGCGGCAAGGAUUGGGUUGGCCGAGGUGAAGAGCGAGAAAGAGCUGAGCAGGCGUGUCGAUGCAUACUCGAGGGGCAUGGAGGAGGGGAGGUUGGGCUGGUUCAGGACGCCGGGAGGAAGGGCGAAGCUAUACCCUGUCACGUCGUGAGCGAGAGUACCGCUCGUACAGAUACCUCAUCAAUGUCACCGCUACUGUCAUCGUCAUCUCCGGUAGAGCAAUACAUCACAUGUAGAACAGGGCCUCGUCUCGCCUCACAAGGGUCAGAGGAGAGAGGUCAAUGCAUCGGGGCUUUGAUUGGAAGAAGCUGGUGCGUCGAGCAGAUAAAGAAGAUGCAACAAUGGGCUAC